AAAACCAGGCUUCCAGUGCCCACGAGUCACUUAAGUAACCGACGUCGCUGGGCGCGAAAAAGUCAGGACAAAAUCAAGUCUGUAGUCGAAUGACUGAGACUGAAGCACGUUGAACGCGCUUCUGGAACCCUACUGGCAAAUGUCUGCCCAAGGUCACAAACUGGAAGAAGUAGUAACUACAGUCGAAGUUGGAGAUGGUAGCAUGUUUGCAGCGACGAUAUUCCAGGAGGACCUGCCACAUACGAUGCCAAAAUCCCUUCCAUCAUGCCCAAAGACAGGAUACACGGACGUUGAGGAUCCCUGCCCGAGCCCGACGCUGUCUGUUGCUACUGCAAGAAAGAAAGCGUGUCUCCUUCCUAUCCGUAUGCUGAGUUUCAAGACAGAUUUUGAGGGUAGUGAUGGGACUCGCAGUACUGCGCAAUACGACAUGCAUCUGCAUCCCCAACUUAUUCUCAAGGACAUCAUAUUUUUCCCCAAUAUGCUCGAGCAUCUAGCUGAUGUCGUCAACUCCAAGCUCUACCUUUCGACUGGGAACACCAGAAGCCUAUCUCAGGUUCCGGAUGGUCAUGAUCUGCAUCGACGUCGUGUUCACGAAGUUUUGAAUGCGACUUCAGGCUUCACAAUAGGCCCCGAGGCUGACCUCCAGCGCGAUUGCCGUAACCUACAGAAGCUUUCAUCUCUCGUCGCCUCCACCCUAGUCGCCGAUCUUGAUCAAUGGUCAAGCAUCUUCCAGUACAGUGAAAAACCUAUAUUAGUGAUGCCUUACGCUCUUGCAGGUGGAUAUCUCUUGCUUAAUAAAGAUAUCAUAGCAAAGGCCGGGCUUCCCAACGACCUUGACGGCGGUAUUCGGCUUGUCAUCGAGGUGUGGAUGAAGGAAUCUUGGAACGCCAAAGGCGUCGAAUCUGGUGUUUCCAACAGAAGCGCACUCAGCUUCUACGCCAAACAUGAGCGGGCGGAAGUUCAAACGUGGUGGAAGAAAAAAACACGAAAAGCGACCAAGAAGAGAUCAACAUCGGAUAACGGUCCUGGUGAUGUUGAAGGAGGUGAUACUAAAGACGAAGAAGGUGCUAAGGACGACUCUGCGCAUAGGCUACCAUGUAACGAGGGUGGCUUUACGAAGGCGUUGAAAAUUAUCCAACAGCAUUGGUUCAACAUUUAUGUUUUGAAUGCUGGGAGUCGAGAGUGGCAUACGGGAUCGAAAAUUACAACAUCUCUACCUGUCGCCGCCGAUAGAUUUAGAUGACCCGAGUAGUCUCCCAAAAGGCUGCUUCGAAAUUCAUGCUGGCCUACAGAUUGCAGCACUCCGUGAUGCAAUCUAGCGUGCAAAGCGAUUUAAAGCGCUUUCACACUUUUCCAAGAUUUGCACAUUCGAAUAUGGCUGCGGAGAACCAUAUCAAGACAGGACCCCAAACACUGCAUCCUUAGCUUGAGCUAUGAUAUGCGACUUUCUUUCCCCUCUCCUACGGGUCCACUUACCAUGAAACUGUUUGUCAGACACUCAAUUGAUGUUAUGAUGCGGGUUUUUCAUUAGCUUAUCCAUAUCUAAUUUCCCUCUUAUCAUAGCUCUUAUCGGUAUGAUUCUGGUAACUAUCACGCAUAUCACAAUAGGUUGAUUUUAGUGAUGAGAUGAAGUCAUCGCGACUGAGUUCAUCCUAGAGUUAGUCGAACUUACUAUAAAAAGUGAAGGAUAUUACAAAGCGAG